UGUCAGCCAGCCGAUUUGCAACUUCCCAAUCGUCUAUCGUCGACGCCAAAACUUGCAGAUCCGCGCGAUCGUCUGCCCUCAGCUCUUCCUCCACGGUGGUUCUGUUCCUGACUUCGCUUGAAACUCAGCCUCUGUCUCCCGAGCCAUGAGUGGGCCAUCAUUCCCCACACCCGAUCUCUCUCACCUCAACUCCAGCCACUACAAGUUUGUCUACGAGCCAGCAGAGGACACAUUCUUGUUGCUCGAUGCUCUGGAGAAGGAUUAUCGAUUUCUGGAGACGCUCGACCCACUUUUCUGCGUUGAAAUCGGAUCUGGCUCCGGAUGUGCAACCGCCUUUCUCGGGAGCAUGCUUGGGUCUCGAAGUCGAGCCUUCUUCUGCACAGACGUUAAUCCCAAAGCUGCCUCAGCUACCAUCCAGACGGCACAGAAAAACUCGGUUGCAGUGAACGCUGUUCUCACCGAUCUGACUCAAGCCCUGCAGCCUCGACUGAAUGGCCAAGUCGAUCUGCUGGUCUUCAAUCCACCAUACGUGGUUACAACUAGCGACGAAGUUGGCUCCCGAUCGAUCGAGGCUGCCUGGGCUGGCGGAAUCGAUGGUCGGGAAGUCAUUGACCGAACGCUACCCGUGGUCAAUGAGCUGCUUUCACCUGGCGGGGUAUUUUACAUGGUCGUCAUCCGGGAGAACCGGCCGGAGGAGCUCAUGGACCUGAUGCGAUCCCGGUACGGACUGGAGUCGCAGGUUGUGAUGAGCCGCCGAGCGGGGCAAGAAGGCCUGUCGAUCCUGCGAUUCCAGCGGCCAGCGCGGAGUUGAUAUUCUGCUGGCGAAAUGCACUAGCAGGGGUUAAUAUCGGCCCCUGACAACGGGAAACCGCAUUUUCAGGGGACACAUGAUAGCAUAGUAUGUGAUGCGCUUGCGUCAAGCAAAGCCACAAGAAAUACAUCAAAUCACUUUGGCAGCCUCCGAGUGAAAACCUCACGUCGCUCUCCGGUCUCCA